AUGUCUAUGACGUCUCUCUUUCUCUCAGUUCCUAUCAUCGAGCAUGUUCCAUCAUCUCAAAGCAUCUCAUUUCAAGUGGUACCCGCUUGUGUGGAUAGUAACGCAUGUUACUCCAACCAAGAGACUUCAUGCCUUUCACACCUGGAGAUAAUGUCGAGCUCUAGAUAGAGCCCAAAUGAGCGUUCAAAGUUCUCGAAUAGGAUGGAUAUUCCUCUCCGCCGUUGUUACGGCCAUUUUUUUCGAUGUUCAACCCCCAGCUGCAGGUCCUUCCGAUUAUCCUCCCUCCUACCCAAUCCCCGUCACUCCAAGUGACGUCUACAUCUCCCACUCCACCUGCCUCGUCAGAAGCGGCGUUGCUCUCUACUGCGGGCCACGAAUCCAUUUCAGCACGAUACCUCGGGUUGUAAAAAGGGCUUGUGUUCUUUGACGACCACGCUCGGGGCAGCCCAUGCUAUGUCUACACGACACGCGCGGGCGAUUACACAAUCUUUCUCUCUGGCGCUUACCU